ACCACACCCACCACUGUGAGCUUCGGCCUCACGUCACUUGCGACGUACCUACGUCGAGCUGCGGUGUCCGGUCUGAGACUCACAUCGAGUCAGUAGCUCGCUAUGAAAAGACACCACGAAGGACACGAUGAGGCGGAGCAAGAGCGCCAACCCAGCAAGCGCGCAAGGGCCGCGGCUUCCACCAAGAGAACAAAGGCGGGAAAAGGACGAGAUCAGGAGCCGGUUGCAAAUGUCUUGGACGUACGGAAUGGUACUCACGUGAAUGCUGGCUACAUGGCUCCUGUGACUAGGCGCGACUUUAUCGAAGCUCAUCGAGUCAGCGGGCUGGAGGAUUCAGAGGUGUACUACAUGGCAAGGUGGAUCACUCGCGAUCAAGCCGAAAGAUGGCGAAAGGAGCUCGACGAGUUGCCGCAGUGGUACAGGCCGACGCUCAAAGUGUAUGGUCGAGAGAUCAAGCAGUCACGUGCCAUUGCUGCAUUCUCGCGCGAGGCUGGAUUGCCACUGAAAUACAGCGGACACGAGGUGGAGAUGCAUUGCCCCUUUCCGCCCCUUCUCGACGAGAUCGCCAAGAGGCUGUGCACGAAAGAGAUGCUGGGAGAGGAGGUGCGAUUCAAUCACGCCAUGCUCAAUCGCUACGACGAUGGUUCGGUGUACAUUGGCAAACACUCGGACAAUCUGGAAAAUCAAGUCAUCGUGACGGUGUCCUUGGGUGCAGAGCGCACCUUUACAUUCGAGGAGAAGAAGGUCAAGUCCACCGUGGACAAGGCGAGGCAAUCGAGAAAACGGUCGCUGGUUCUCGAGAGCGGCAGCGUCUUGGUGAUGCAAGGCGACGUUCAGAAACGCUUCACGCACGAAAUUGCCAGGGAGAGCAAAAAGAGUCCCAUCUACUCCCAGCCUCGCACGUCCAUCACCUUUAGGCAGCUCGUGUACGAAAAGUAAACGGAGAUUCAUGAUUGCAAGUCCACCAGCCACGACUGGAAAUCAAAGCAAGCAAGAUGCUCCAAGCGGGACUGCAAGCAACAGCAUAGCAGCUGUGCUCAUUUCGACGCUCUUGCUGGCCCCGCUCGAACCGCCGCCGCGGGCGUUGGUGACAGAGGCGGGUUGAUUCGAAUUCGCUCCAAGUGUACCCGUCUUGCGAAUGCGCACAGUGAGAAUGUCGACGUUGCCAUCUGUAGCGAUACCAUGGUUGAUGGAUGCGAGGGGCACGUCUGCCAGCAGAGGAGCCUGCGUCCGCGUAGCCGUGUACUCGAAUCCUCCAGGCGAAAAUGUCCCGGUGGCGUUGGUAGCGUUGGAGGAGAGCUGAUCUCUAUUGAGGUCGUAACCGUUCGGAAUGAUCAU